AUGGCGUCGGCAGUUGACCACCACGUCAUCAUCCCAAAUAGCACCUCAGCAUUCAAUCCACAAGAAAACCAAAUGAUGUCGGCUGACCUAAAGAAGCCUGAAAUGCUAGUAGAAAACAAUGCCACUGAAAAAAAUGCCCCAACGGCACCAAAAGAACCAAUUUCUUCUACUACUUUAAUGGAAAAAUUAAAACAACAGGAUCCUUUUCUGGAAACACCACCUUCCCCAGGAACUUUACAAAAUCCACCUCCACCAUAUUCACAAUGGGAUGAAUUAAGUUUAGAACAAAUAUUACAGAAAAGUUGUGAUGUUAUAAACGGUCAUUCGGAAUAUUUAGCGCAAGGUGGUGGUAACCAAAAAGAAAACACCGACAUGCUUGACAAGAUGACUCAGUUGGAAUCAUUGGUAGCGUCGUUACAAUCGAUCCUUAGCGAUCAAACAUUUGCAAUGCACGAUAUAAGGUCACAAUUAUCUGAUAUUCAGGGAGUCCUUAAGAAAAUGCAAGAUAAACAAGAAACGAUGACGAGCGAGGAAGUGAUGAAACAAGUAGUUACAAUGAAGGUUCUUACGGAAAAUAUCAUUGCGUCAAAAGUUAUUCCAACUUUUGAAUUAAAUUCGCAAACUUCUUCAUUAGCAGUUGUGUUACAACCACCCUCGAGACCAACAUCCCGAGCUGCAUCAAGACAAGCAUCACGUGCACCAUCUAGAUCAGUGUCACGUACUGUCUCUCCUAAUCGCUCACCUGUAAUUUCACGUACAUCCUCGAAGCUUUCUUCAACACCUGGCUCUCCAGCAAUCCGUCCUUACAAAGUUUCAACAAUGAACACAAUAACUGAGGGUAGCGACUUUAACGAAGAUAGUGAUGGCGAAAACAGUGUGGCUUUUGAAAGAAUGUGUAGUAUACUUUCAACAUUGAUUACUGAAGCGACCACCGCAGUCGAAGCGCCAGUCAACGGACGGAAGAAGAAAGUGAGACAGGACUCGAAUGCGAGUCAAGCCUCGAGAGAUUAUUUCGAAGAUUUUGACUGGGACGCAUUAGCGGAUGAUGAUGAAGAUGCCUGCGAUCAAGUUGAAAUGGUUGAGCCUCAGCCCAACUUAUUAAGGGAACCGAGAAAAAAGGAUAGAACAUCUAAUCACAAACGAUCAAGAAGUCGAAAAGAACAGGAGUUUGAGGAGAGCUUCAAAACAUUAGAUUCAAGCCUAACACAAGUACAAUGUCUAAUUACCGAUAUGACAGAUGAGCUGAUGGAAGAAGAAGAAGCGGUUAUAGUUAAAGAUAAAAAUGGAAUGCUUAUUCGCGAGAUCAAAGAUAAAAAUGGAAAUAUCAUUCGUGAAGAGCCACUCAUGGAUGUACAAUACCCUGAUCCAACAAUGGAUCUCUUAAACAAUCCAAGCGCUGACUUGGCAGAUUUAGAUGACUUUGCACAACAAUGUCGACUUAUAACACGUGCACUCAUUCUUCCAUUUUUACACGCCACUCAUUCAUUUAUGUCCGAAUCUCUUCAUUCCACGAAUCAAUCAAAUGCGCCGAAAUCAGUUACUGGCACGACAAGAACUUUUAUGAAUCUUAUGUACUGGACAUUUUUGUUCACUUUGGGAUCAUUGGUACUUGAUGCUUGGCUCUGUGAAGUGGCAGGAAGACAAGUCAUUAGAAUGGUUGAUAUGCUGAAACCUGGACCACCUUUUAAAUUCGUCCAAAAUCAACCUGCUUACGAGAUCCAAGAUGAAUAUCAUCAAGAAGGCAAUGCGGGGAUGGUUAAUGACAGUAAAAAAAAAAACGUCAAAAUUCGUACGGGCUUUAGAUUGAAGACGGUCUCUUGGAGAGGAGUGGAAGCAGGUGUUGGGAGUGGGCAAAGGUGGUUGAGAAAUGGUGCACAAGGUGUUUUGAGUUUGGGUAAAAAAAGUAGAGGGUUUCUAACGGGAGAAAGGUGGGGAUUAAAUAAAAUAUAUCAUAGAUCAAUGUUGUCACAUGAGUGGGGAGAUGAUGAUGUAAGCGAGGAUAGUGAUGAAUGGGAAAUUGUAGAUUUUAGUACUGACGAGGAGGAGGAUGAAAGUAUGACGGAGGAAAGUAGUGAGGAUGAUCCGGCAUUAUUAUUGCGACGUCGUAUCACUAAUGAGCGAAUGAAGCGUGCUGGACACGUAAAAACUAUUUUUAAUCAUAUUGGAGAUACAAACAAAGAAGAAAAAGAAAACAUCACUAAUAUUCAAGAAAAUGAAUCAUCAAUAUCCAACAUUAAUAACCAAGAUCCUAUAUCAAUGGAAGCACCAGUGGAAAUUGUAUCAAAAGAAACAAUUGCACUAUUAGAACAAGAUCUAGAAAAUCAUUCACAAGAGAAUUCGACAUCAAGCGCGAUGAUGGAAGAAGAUGAUAAAGAAAAUAAUUACAACCAUAAUGAAGAUGAUGAACUGUGUGAAGAAAAAACAGUACAAGAAUAUUUUAACGAUGAAGAUGUAGAUCUGCAAAUACCCGGUUCUUUUCCAGCUGAACUUACGAUAAAUUCAACAACAAUGGAAACCGAUGAAUCAGACAAAGAAAAUGUGCGACGAGUGCGGAGUGUCGUCCUUCGACGACCUAAGCGUAAUGGUCCAUUUGGUGGUAGUGGCGGGUUUUGGGUAAUGCAAACUCGCAAAGUUCGAACAAAGUCAUCGAAAAAGAAGAGCGAUAAUAGACCUAGGCCACAUUCAUUUUAUUCGCUAUCCUCAAAUAAUAAAGAAAAUGAAUUCGCCGAUCUACUAAAAAGUUCAAAUACAAAAUCAAACCCAAUAUUUAAAAAGAAGAAAAAGUCGUCAUCGCAUAAAAAUUGGGUACGGCGAAACAGCAUAUAG